AACCGGGUCUUGCCUCGGAAGGAAAGUCACAGUGCUCUUGCGAAGCGUAGACACCGGCGUUUCCAUCCUCCCGAUCGCCGCCGAUGGAAACUGCCGCCGCUGGCUCGCGCCGCCCGCCGGCCCUCCGCCUCCUCUGCCCUAAGAAGUCCGUUCUCUCCUCCCCCUUCCCAUCCCUCCUCUGGCUCGUCGGCUCCCCUCGCUUCCUCCAGCCCGUCACCGUCGCUGCCGCCCUCCGCUGCCUCCGCUUCCUGUCUGACGACGGCCCGUUCUCCCCCGAUCUUCCCCACGAAGCAGACGAAAUCCGUGGAUUACUCGUGAGGGGGUUCGACAUCGUGGGGGGCCUGUUCGUCGGGAGCGCGAAUUUCGAGUCAGAUGCCGGCAGAGCGCUGGAACUGGCCGGGGAGCUGAGGGAGCGGCUGUUCGGCGAAAGGGCGAGCCAUGGCAUGGUUGGUGGCUGCGUGGAUGCGUCCACCGGGGACAUUCGGUUUCUUGUUUCGGAGAGUGGCGGGUCAGAAGUUGUGGAAGGGCAGGAGGUGCUGUGGGGGGAUGAGCCGGGGAGGUCGCUGCUGGAGAAGGGCUGCCUUCUGCGCUGCGAGCUGCAGCUGCAGCUGCCACUCUAUCUUCCUUCGGAUGAGACGAUGUCUGGCAUUGAAGCGAGGUUUUCUUCACUCAUUGAAUCUACAGCUGCUAACCUCAGAAGUCCUCAUGUUUCUUACCUAGUUGAAGGCCCGACUGCAACAUUUGACGAAUCACACCAUUCAGUUAUCUUACAUGGCAAUAAUUUGAAUUCUGUUUCCCAACUACCCAUCAACACAAACACAAACAAGUGCAGUGCCAAAAUUGUAUCCUGUUCAGAAUUCUUACCGACAAAGAGGCAUGACCUCUCCUCAAAGGGAGAUGCAAUUCAGAUAACUGUCCUAUCCAAUCAAUCAUUGAACAUCUCAAAGGCUGGCUCCCCUGCCCCUAUGUUGAAGUACUUUCCAGCACCAGCACCAGCUAGCCUGAGAGUAAUCGACCUGAAGCUAGAUAUAUUAUGCUACAGUUCUAUGGAUCUUCCUGUAGCCGUUGCUGUAUCUGAGCUAGUUAUUCCAGGAUUAGCUGAUCAGCUAAGCAUUAUGAAGAAGGCUAUCGUCUCAGAGCUCUUAACUCAACAGCCUAAGCUUUGUCCGUACCAUUUUAUUCCUCCUGGGUUGCUUAUUCCUCUAACAGCUAUAUACGACACAAGAUACGGGGAGAUUGAGGAAAAGCAGAGUGAACUGAGAAGAAAUCUGCACUUCAGGCUUGGUCUGCCCUUGGAUCGUCCUUUAUUACGGACUUCUAAUGCACUAACUUUUGGUGCCAUGGAAAGGCGAGAUAGAAGCUCAUCUAAAAGUGGUUCCUCAUUGCUUCGAGAUGUCCACAAAGAAAUUCCAUCUAGUGGUGUAUCUGGAGGAAUCAUGUCAUUGAUUGAGGGUUCAUAUGAGUAUUACCAUUACCUACAUGAUGGUAUCGAUGACAAUGAUUUCAUGUGAUCUGGAAGUGGUAGAGGAAAGGAGGAAGAGCCCUGUCUCCCAUGCCAGCUCACCAACAUAUAUGUUAUCCUGGUUUUAGUAACAAGCUUAAUGGAGAGGUUCUUAUCAUGGAUGUGGCUGAACAAUGAACAUCAUCCCCACAUACUGACGAGCUUAGUAACAACCUAUUGGAGGUUUUCUUAGUGUCAUGCCUUGGGUUACUGUUAUAUACUCCCUCCGUCCCAUAAUAUAAGAACGUUUUUUACACUAGUGUAGUGUCAAAAACACUCUUAUAUUAUGGGACGGAGGGAGUAUAUUUUUUCUAUAUAUCUGCCACGUGCCCCCCCUUUCCAACUGUUGCUUUCCAAACUGUAUACAACACGACUUGCAAUCUUCUCAAACCAACCUAUUGUGUACCUUAUCUGACUGCGGUAGCACCUAUCCUGAUGACUGCUAUUUUUUUACCAGACAAUUCUAAUUGAUAUUCGUUUUCUUUGAAAUUAAUGCUUCACAUAUACCUGUUUUUGUCUUUAAAUUUGUAACCGAAAUAAUAAAUCAUCAUACUUUAGUUUUAAAACAUUUGUCAGAGAAUUUCCUGUUAUAGGCUUUAUUAUAUGCUUGGUGCCCCUUUCUUCAGCUGAGGAGGACAUAGAGAAUGGUAUUUCAUGAGUUGCAUUUGGAAAGCUUCUACCUGAAAUUGCUCUGCUAGUUCCACUUCCAUGUUUUGGUUUUGUUAAUAAUUCUGUAGUAACAUAGGUGUCUUGCCCAUUCAUGUAGAGCUAUGACGAAUUAUUGAAGAGCACAUUGUAGUUGGCAUUUGCUUUAAGCCUUGCAACUGCAUUGUUAGAAUUCGGAAAAUAGGUCAAAAGUUGCUUGCUGUAGCACUAAAUCAAGUGUUGGUAUUACAGGGUGGACUUUUUUUAAUUAUUAUUUGUGCCAUGUACUUCUGCAUUAUACCAGUUGGUGUGAAAUGAUUAGUGCUAAAAUUUCUGAUUUGGAUAUUUUCCAGGCUAAAAGAUUUGCCUUUCCAAACAUGUAAUUGCUCUUUUGUGUUGAUCAAUAAAUUGAAUUGAUACGAGUCUUUUGCCUUCUACUAUAAUAGCAAUGCCUGGGGACUAUGUUGUGUUUUACUCGGGUACAUUUAGGUAGCAUUGUGCAUACUGCAUGCCUGGAACAGAAUGUGAUGAGAACAAUAGAUGAGGAAAAUAAAAUAAAAUCAUAUGUCAAAUCUGUUUGGCUACUUCUAGAUACUUCUAUUGUAGUCUAGUAUUUAUUUUCUUUUCUCAACCUUAGCUACUGUUUUCUUCUAGCUAUGAGUAGCUAUGAGUAGAAUGGUGGAUCUUAAGUAAUGUUUUCUGGAGUGUUCUAGCCAUAAGUAGAAGUGAGACAUGAAGGAUUCCCAAAGUACUAUAAAUAUACAGGUCCUCGCCUCUAAUUUGUAACCA